GUUUGUCUUAAGUUAGAUGAAGACACCGUUUGCUUAGUUUUCAACUUAUUAUUGUUCUGAUUCUAUAAUGGAUUAGAAGAUAAGUAUCAGAAAAAUUUUCUCAUCCUCCUAUGCAAAAAUAUAAUCUUUUAUUGCAGAUUGUAUUUUUAGCAACACUCAUUUUCUUAACAAAUUAGGCAAGACCAUAAAGAUGGGAUUAUUUCAAAUGCCAAAAUAAAAUUUCUUAACCCAUCCAGAAUCAUAGCAGAGUAUUUUGAGAUUCAAGAUUAUUUGGAGAUACUAGCAUACUUCAUUGUCCAGGAAUUUGGAAGUGAUAAUAAUUGUCUAACAGAAUCUGCAUUGAAUGUAUAUGAGGUUGUGCUGGAAGACUUUACACAUGCACACACAUGGCUAAAACUCGACUCGAAAAACUAGUGCUAAAAAUAUACAUUUGUAGACAUAAAAUUAAAAAUUUGUGACGUUACCCAUGAUGUGAUGCGAGCUAGGGCAGACAUUAACUACCAGAGAAUCGAUCAUAUUUAGUUGCACGACUAUGAAGAGGUGCUACUGUCCAGGACUUUAUACAAUCAUCUUGUGAUACAAUAAUAUAAAAUAGAGACCAAGUGUUAAUUUCUGUCUUUCUUUCUUGUGUGAAUUACUGGCACUCUUUUAAUGAUAUGCAAACUAUUCACGCCAACUACGGUGUUAUAAAUGAUGCCUGGAAGAGUUAUAUUUGAGACGACGGAGGUCAGGAUAAAUUGCAAUACAAUCACAUGUAUAAAAAAGUGCUAAAUGUUAGAAUAAUCUAGCAAUAAACAUUUCACAAGUAUGUAUAUAUGUAUGUUGAGUUAUGUUUGUGAGACUGGAUGUGGAGUGAUCUGGUUUCAAUAAGUGUAGUCAUUUUGAUUAUCACAUCAGUCGGAGGAGUGGCAGGAAAGUUUCAGAUAACCGUAAUUAUUUGCUACAAUUUAUGUUAGUGAAAUCAGCCAAGUCUGAUCAAAAACGGUUUGUCUCCGAGUUAUUAAUCGACGCCCGGUACUGUUUUUGAUUGAGUCACGAGAAGAGUCACGUUUCAACAAGUGACUCGUGUGCUCCCACUAGAUCAUCCUCCAUAAAGAUUUGCAAUCGCAACGGUGACGUGAUGUUUGUGUCGACUUAUCACCAACUGAUAACUCAAUUUGUGUCAAAAUCUCCGGAUGUUUAACAAAAAUAUGUCUAUUAUAUGUGGAUUUAUAUAGCAUUGUGAGGACUACACACACGUUAAAUCCCUAUGCGUAUUAUGCGAGACGACUUUUGAGGUUAUCAACUCCCGGCGUGGUUUUCUUAUCACUCAAAAUUGAGUUUGAACUGACGAACGCUCGCGUAACCAUUAUAUGUACCAAAUGGGGAACAAUGAAGAUGAUCCAGAAGAUUGGCACAAUCCCAACGCAGAGGGAUACAUACUGGAACCUGGACAGAAAAGAGUACGAUUCAGCUUCUCAGAACCUGUGUUUCAUAUUCCAAGUGUCAAUGAAGGAUACGAAGACGACGAACUUUCUGACGAUUCUCCAGAGCCAACAGAAGAAGAAAUCUCAAGAUUUAAACAGGUCCGAGCUCGUAGAAGAGACAGCAUUUAUCCAACCACGAUGGAUAACGAGAAGCACAUAAUGAUUAAUCCUGAGGAUCUGGGCGUCGUCGCUCAAAAAGGUCAGAUUGAGCCAAUGGCCUCUGCGGAUCCUUUUGAUGACAUUGACCUCGAAGAGGAACCCAGCACUCCGUGGGCAGACCUCUCGCGAAAGGAAAAGGCAUUCCGAGUGGGGUCGGCCGUGGGGAGGUCGGUGGCUCUAAUCACCCUCCUUUAUUUUUUUGUCUGCUCCUUGGACCUCCUCUCCAAAGGUUUUCGACUGGUGGGGGGCAGGACAGCCGGGGAAAUUUUCCAGCAAAGUGAAAUCCUUCAAAAUCCCGUCGUAGGAGUGAUGAUAGGGAUUUUGACAACUGUCUUGGUCCAAUCCUCGUCGACAUCUACAUCCAUCAUUGUUGGAAUGGUUGCUGCUGGAUUUAUGGAUGUAAAGUUGGCCAUUCCUUUAAUUAUGGGCAGUAAUAUUGGGACUAGCAUUACGAACACAAUCGUAUCAUUUAUGCAAGCUGGUGACAAGGAACAGUUUCGAAGAGCUUUCGCUGGAGCUACAAUUCUUGACAUAUUCAAUUGGAUAACGGUGAUAGUUCUGUUGAUUGUCGAAGUCUUAACUGGGUACUUGUAUCGUGUAUCAAAAGCUAUUGUAGACGGAUUGGUACCCGACCCUGAGGCCAUGGGAGAGGUAAAACUCCUUUCCGCCCUCACUGAACCCUUUGUAAACUUGAUUGUGCAACUCGACGAAUCAGUUCUGGACUGUUGGUCGAAUCCCAACUGCACGGAUAGAAUCAAUGACUCCCUGAUCAAACAAAAAUGUUCUACGACGACGGCGACAUUUGAUGUGUCCGAGCGAAUAUUCGAUGCUCAGGGCAAACUCGUGUCAUCCAGUAGAGACCUGUCCGUUCAUUCCACAGAUCGUCCAUGUUCAAAUGAAUUUAUAUUUGCGGGUACAAGCAUGAGCGAUGCAAUUGUUGGAGUGAUUGUCCUUGUUGGCUCCCUAAUCGUGCUCUGCACCUGUCUUAUCCUCAUUGUUAAAGUUCUCAGCUCAGUAUUACGAGGUCAUGUGUCUGUUGUAAUUAAGAAGAUACUUAACGCAAACAUUCCUUAUGUGCCUUGGAUUACUGGUUAUAUUGCCAUAUUUCUGGGGGCAGUAAUGACAUUUUUGGUUCAAUCAAGCUCGGUGUUUACGUCAGCUUUAACCCCCCUCGUCGGGUUGGGAGUAAUAAGUUUGAAACGGGUCUACCCCUUGACGCUUGGGGCGAAUGUGGGGACUACUACGACCGCCGUAUUGGCCUCUUUCGCCGUGGAGCCGAAAUCUUUUGCUCCCUCCAUGCAGAUCGCACUUUGCCAUUUACUUUUUAAUGUAACUGGAAUAAUUUUAUUUUACCCCAUCCCGUACUUUCGAUUUCCCAUCCAAAUGGCAAAAUUCUUAGGGAACUGUACUGCCGAGUAUCGAUGGUUUGCAAUUUUCUACAUGGUGUCGAUGUUCGCUAUAGUUCCUGCAAUAUUCAUAGGACUGUCAUUCGCCGGUCCGAUCUAUGUCAUAAUUCUAGUCUCAGUCAUAGGCGUCAUGCUCGCAAUCAUCGGAGUCAUGAAAGUGCUACAAAAGAAGUGCCCACAAAUUUUACCCCCUGUUCUUCGGGAUUGGAAAUGGCUCCCACUUCCUCUCAGAAGUCUGAAACCGUACGACGACCUCUUUUCAAAGCUCGCAUGUUGUGCCAAAUGCAGACCUUCCACUGCUGACGAUGAGUUAACAGAGGUCGAAGGGAACUCAUCGGGGCUCAUUCGAGGCGUCGAGAAUGGGAAGAAUCAUUUAGUUUAUUAUCCAGAUUCAACGGAAACAGAGCUCAACAAGAGAAAUUCUAAAACUUCAACAGGAGCAAACAAUCUCAACAGUAACAAUAUCAUCAACAAUAGCAAUAAGGAUGCUGGAGAGGAAAUUGCCAAUUAUGGUAAUAAUGACAGACAUGAGGGUAAUAGUCAAUCUGGCAACGGUUAUGGCCACAAUAAUUACAAAGUUGGAGGGACGCCGGACAUAAAUGGGGAGAUUGGCAGUGAUAAUGAAGGUUAUCGAGGUUCUGCUGAUUCUCUAAACAACAUUUAAAUAGCUCCUGUUUUCAUUUGAGAUUUUUACAAACUAAAAUAAUUCAAGUAAUUUAGUAUAAACCAUACAUAUUUAUAUUUAAUGUGUCGGAAUGAGAUUUUACGUAGAGAUUGUUAUAUUGUUUACGUACUUAGAAUGUUGAAAUUGUUGAAAUUUGAAAUAUCUGCUUAAACCUUACUAGUCAAUUUUCAUUUUGCUUUAUGUAUUUGUUACUGUUGUACAAAGGCUCGCAUGAAAAUAUGCCACUCUGGCCAAAAUACGUAAUUUAUAAUACGAUAAAUAUCAAAACUUUCGAGUUUUUGAAAACAAAAUUGAAGUAUUUAAAUGUAUUGUGUCAAUAAAAAACAUAAAAGUAGAGUUAGAACUAGCCGAAACUUGGAAGGAGGAGGUUUGAGCUGGUAAAAGGAUCAAGAUUACAUUCGUUCUUAAUUUGUAAUCUUUUAAUUGUUGUACGGUCCAUGUUAAUCUGAACUAACACUCAUGUCCAUAGGUUUUAUUUUGAAACAAUGCGAUUUCUUGUACAACAUGAAAACUGGUGUAUAAUAAAGUAUUGUUGUAACACGGA